GAAGUUACCUAGAGCAUGUCUCAUUUUUGCCUUUUUUCUGUCUCUUAUCUCUCCUUCUGCUUUUCAGUGUACACAAUUCUGUCUAAGGUGCACUCUGAUCGGAAUGUAUACCCUUCUGCUGGAGUUCUGUUUGUUCAUGUUUUGGAGAGAGAGUACUUUAAGGGGGAAUUUCCUCCUUACCCAAAGCCUGGUGAAAUAAGUAAUGAUCCUAUAACGUUUAAUACCAAUUUAAUGGGUUACCCUGACAGACCUGGAUGGCUGCGCUAUAUACAAAGGACACCAUACAGUGAUGGAGUGCUGUAUGGCUCACCAACUGUAGAAAAUGUGGGCAAGCCAACCAUCAUUGAGAUCACUGCAUAUAACAGGCGUACUUUUGAAACAGCAAGACACAAUUUGAUCAUUAAUAUAAUGUCAGCAGAAGAUUUUCCUUUACCAUAUCAAGCGGAAUUCUUCAUAAGGAAUAUGAAUGUAGAAGAAAUGUUAGCAAGUGAAGUUCUUGGUGAUUUCCUCGGAGCAGUGAAAAACGUAUGGCAGCCAGAACGCUUGAAUGCUAUAAACAUUACUUCAGCCCUUGACAGGGGAGGGAGAGUUCCACUUCCAAUUAAUGACAUGAAAGAGGGUGUGUAUGUGAUGGUUGGGGCAGAUGUUCCUUUCUCUUCAUGUUUACGAGAAGUGGAGAACCCACAAAAUCAGCUGAGAUGCAGUCAAGAAAUGGAGCCUGUAAUAACCUGUGAUAAAAAAUUUCGUACUCAAUUCCAUAUUGACUGGUGUAAAAUCUCUCUGGUUGACAAUACAAAACAAGUUUCCACCUUUCAGGAAGUGAUUCGUGGAGAGGGAAUAUUACCUGAUGGUGGAGAAUACAAGCCACCUUCUGAUACACUGAAAAGCAGAGACUAUUACUCGGAUUUCCUAAUUACACUGGCAGUGCCCUCGGCAAUAGCACUGGUGCUUUUUCUAAUUCUUGCCUAUAUCAUGUGCUGCCGACGGGAAGGAGUGGAAAAGAGAAACAUGCAAACACCAGACAUCCAGUUGGUGCACCACAGUGCUAUCCAGAAAUCAACCAAAGAGCUCCGUGACAUGUCCAAGAACAGAGAGAUCGCGUGGCCGCUUUCCACGCUGCCCGUGUUUCACCCGGUGACGGGCGAGAUCGUCCCGCCCCUGCACACGGACAGCUACGACAACACCAGCAUGCCCCUGAUGCAGACACAGCAGAACCUGCCACAUCAGACUCAGAUUCCACAGCAGCAGAGUGCAGAAGCUGUAUGCUCAUCAGGACAUUGCAUUGUAAGCAGAAAACUGCGUCUGCUUUAAAAUUGCUAAAUGCUGGCUACAUUUCCUUAGCUGAGGUUCCUGAAGUCUCUGCUAAGAGAAAUUUGAGUAAUUUUGGAAUUUAAGACUGAGGAUAAAAGGAACCUGUAAAAUGCGGUCAUUUUGUAAGAAGACCAAAGUAGUUGCUCUUGGUUUUGUGAUUUUUGUUUGUUUGUUUGUCUUUGUUUUUCUCUUUUUACAGUUAUGACCCAGUUCUGUCAAAGCACAGAACCUUAAUUGAUGUUAAUUUUUAAGCAUCAAUGAUGUGUUUGUAGGCUCGGACCUGAAUGCAGGAUCUCAGCAGAUAGAACAAGUCCUGAUCUGCUUUUUAGACUAAUUUUGAGCACCAGCUAUGAUAACUAUGACAGCAAAGUAUAUAAGAAGUGCUCAGUACAUGGUACCUACUUGUAUCUUGUCAAACCUUCAGUAUCAGUUUACAAAGCUGCUCUGCAUGCUCAGCACAGCCCACAGGACGUGACAGCAAAUCCUGCAGGUGGUUGUUAGACCAGGAGAGGUAGCUCAAGCUACAGGCCUUCAAGUUGAGAAAUUAAAGGCAGUUCCUGAAACAGGUGGAAUACAGAGCCAUUCCUACUCACUUUCCAAGUGGCAUCCACCAUGCCUUCCUACCUCAUCCAAAAGCUACCAGGGAAGAGACUUCACCAGUCAAUCAGCUUUCUCAGAGACACCCCCCACUUCUUUCCAGCAGCUUGGAUGCUUAUCAGUGAAAAGCAAAACACAAAACUGCACACUGAGGUUUAUAGUAAAUUAAUUUCAUCUCUUACCCAAGGUGUAAAAAAAUUCAAGUACAAUCAGCAUUUGGGUUCAAUUAGUUUAUACUACUAUUUUCAAAUGUAUCAGCUGUCAGUGUUUUGAAACCAAAAUGAAUGGAAUGGAUUUUAAAUAAUGAUUUUUAACGCAACCUAAGAUUAAACUUUGUAAAUAGUUCUGGGUGUGGAUUAUAGUAAUUUCUGAUAACUCCAGGAUGACAUGACAAUCAAUGGAUCUACCAGUUGAGCUGCUCCCACCUUAUUUGUAUUAAUGUAACAGUGCCAAUAUACUUAAGGAAAUAAACUGUUACACACAUGCAUAAAGAAUCUGUUUGUAGCAGUGGAGGCUCCACCUAUUUUGGAAAGAAUUUAAUGAUGUAGGUCACAUAGGUUUUAAGAAUACCUGAACUAUUUUAUGAUUGAAAUCGUCAUUUAUCUGAGGUAAGUUUAAUAACAAAUUAUUUAUUUUUACUUAUUAAAACAAUUACUCUGAAAACAUAGAUUUAUAAAGCUGGUUUAAGGCACCUAAUGGCUAAAGAAUUAGUAAUAAUUAAGACAGUAAAUUCACAGUCUCUUUUAACAUUAUAUGAUGGCAAUAUGAAUUGAUAUUGUAUUAAGAUGCAACCAAAUUAAAUAGAAAGCCCUAAAGGUCUCUUUGUACAUACAUGAAAUGUAUCAUCUAAUAAAA